CUUUCAGUGCUGCAGUUGCAGCAGCGUUUGCAGCCGAAGGGGGCGGACGCUCAGUGCAUCAGCAUCUCUCUCGUCCUCCUCAUCAAGCUUGAACGAUCCGAUUCCCUGCAAGCAUGCGACGUGUCGACAUCAUGACACCUGUGUAAGGAUAAACAUGAUGAGGCGUGACAAGGACAGGUGCCGAGGUGUUGAUGAGCAGUCAAGGGCUGGCUCCUGUGUUCAGCGUGGAGAAACGGAGACUGACCGAAGUCAAACCGCCAUGCAGGAGCACAUCAACCCGUUCACUCAGCUGCCCUACACAGCUCGAUACUACCAGAUUCUCAAGAAACGGCAGCAGCUCCCUGUGUGGGACUACCGAGAGAAUUUCACACACAUCCUGAUGCAUCACCAGUGUUUCCUUAUUGUAGGAGAGACCGGCUCUGGAAAGACUACACAGAUCCCCCAGUGGUGCGUGGAAACGUUUCAGUCCACGGGGGAAGCCAAGCGGGCGGUGGCCUGCACCCAGCCCAGGCGGGUGGCGGCCAUGAGCGUCGCCCGGAGGGUGGCCGACGAGAUGGAUGUCACGCUGGGCCAAGAAGUGGGGUACUCCAUCCGCUUUGAGGACUGCAGCUCUACCAAGACCGUACUCAAGUACUUGACGGACGGAAUGCUGCUGCGGGAGGCCAUGAGCGACCCGUGGCUGGAGCACUACGCCGUCAUUGUUCUGGAUGAGGCUCACGAACGCACGCUCGCCACAGACGUCCUUCUAGGCGUCCUCAAGCGGGUGCUCCGCCAAAGAUCGGACCUCAAGGUAAUCGUCAUGAGCGCCACGCUGGAUGCAGGCAAGUUCCAGGCAUUCUUUGACGGCUGCCCGCUGCUGUCCAUCCCCGGACGCACGCACCCCGUGGAGGUCUUCUACACGCCCGAACCCGAGCGUGACUACCUGGAGGCGGCCGUCCGCACCGUUGUUCAAAUCCACAUGUGCGAGGAGGACCAAGGGGAUAUUUUACUGUUCCUCACCGGGCAAGAGGAAAUCGAGGAGGCCUGCAAACGCAUCAAGGCGGAGGUCAACGACUUGGGACCUGACGCCGGCGAGGUGAAAAUUAUCCCGCUGUACUCCACACUGCCGCCACUGCAACAGCAGAGAAUCUUCGAGUCGCCUCCGGCCAAUAAACCCAACGGUGCCAUCGGAAGGAAGGUUGUCGUGUCAACCAACAUCGCUGAGACAUCCCUCACCAUCGAUGGCAUCGUGUUUGUGAUCGACCCUGGGUUUGCCAAGCAAAAGGUGUACAACCCUCGCGUCCGAGUGGAGUCCCUUCUGGUAUCCGCCAUCAGCAAAUCGUCGGCGCAACAGAGGAUGGGCCGAGCCGGACGCACGCGUCCCGGGAAGUGCUUCCGAUUGUAUACGGAAAAGACCUACAGGACAGAGAUGCAGGACAACGCCUAUCCAGAGAUCCUCAGGUCCAAUCUGGGCUCAACGGUGCUGCAACUGAAGAAGUUGGGAAUCGACGACCUGGUGCAUUUUGACUUCAUGGAUCCACCAGCCCCUGAGACGCUGAUGCGGGCUUUGGAGCUGCUCAACCACCUGGAGGCCCUGGACGACGACGGCGAACUGACGGGUCUGGGCGCCGUGAUGGCCGAGUUCCCGCUGGAUCCGCAGCUGGCCAAGAUGGUCGUCACCAGCUGCGAGUUGGGGUGCUCUGACGAGGCACUCUCCAUCACCGCCAUGCUGUCAGUCCCGCAGUGCUUCAUGCGACCUCCUGAAGCCAAAAAGGCGGCCGACGAUGCCAAGAUGCGACUGGCCCACCCAGACGGAGACCACCUGACUCUUCUCAACGUCUACCUCGCCUUCCAACAAAGCCACCGGUCAUCACAGUGGUGCUACGACAACUUUGUCAGCUACCGCUCGCUGAUGGCGGCGGACAGCGUGCGCCUGCAGCUGGACCGCAUCAUGGAGCAAUCGGGCUUGCCCCGGCGGACCUGCGACGGGGACGACGUCCACAUCCGCCGCAUGCUGCUCACUGGUUUCUUCAUGCAGGUUGCUCACCUUGAGCGCAGCGGCCACUAUUUGACGGUGAAAGACAAGCAGGUGGUCCAGCUGCACCCGUCCAGCGUGCUAGGCCGCAAGCCCGAGUGGCUCCUCUACGGCGAGUACGUGCUCACGGCCAAGAACUACAUUCGCAUGUGCACCCGCAUCCACCCGCAGUGGUUGCUGGAAAUCGCCCCGCGCUACUAUGAGAUGAGCAACUUCCCGCCGUGCGAAGCCAAGAGAGAGUUGCAGCGCAUCAAUGGCGAGCUCUCAUCCAAGCAAUUGUGAAGAAAAGAAAUGCAGCCCAUUUGUUGCGAGUCAAGGGGAGAUAUCACCGAGAUUGGCUUUUAUCCAGAACAGUUCCCAUCUCAUCAGGUUGGACGAUCACGCGUCCGCCUCUCAUCUUUUUUUGAGAGCUGGAUUGUUGUCACAUUUAUUCCUCUCACAAGUAAUAAACAUGAAUUUUGGUAUAAAACAA